UGCGUAAGUGUGUGAACUUUUUGAAAACUGGUGUAUCAAUGUCGUUUAUAUUGUAAAAUUGCGGGAAUUUUAAAAUAAAGCGCCGAUUCUUUCAUCUAAUUGUUUUUUAUGUUGAGUCAUACUCACUUACUUUAUAUAAGUUUUUAAAGUCGCAAUUCGAGCACGUGCAACAAUCAAUUUUUUUAACCCGAUAGUUUUAAGUCCUUGCUUUUAUCAUUAAAAGGUUCCUAAAAACUGGCUGGAAAGGUACAAAGUAUGCAUGGAAGUCCUAGCAAAGACUUACACGGAAGCAUAUAUGAAAGCCCGAGCAAAGAGUUUGGUUUUAAAACAAAUGAUGUUGUAUUAACAAAAUUUGGAAAUGAUAUUUACUACGCAAAAAUAGUUUCAAUUAACUAUUCUAAAAAAACAGCAAUGCUACUCUUUGAUGAUGGAUCUAAAGAGAACCAAUAUUUUAAAAAUAUUUUUAGUGUUAACGAAACUACCUCGGAAAUUAUUUGUAUCGUUUGCAAAAAAGACAACCCUGAUUCUGAGGACGAAAUUGUUCUGUGUGACAAAUGUUCUAUCGGUUUUCAUCAAAAUUGCCACAAACCAAAAAUCGAUUCACGAGUAUUAUCUCCUGACAUCCCUUGGGAGUGCAGAUUUUGCGAGCAAAAUUUAAAGAAUCCCUACAUCCAGUCAAAUCCUUUUGCUGAAAGUAACCAUUUAGAGGAAAUGAACGAAUCCAUUAAUGCGAUAAUAGUUGACGAUAAAAAAAGCGAUAUAAAAAAGAAUGAGAAAUUUGAUGAUAUAUCAAACGCAAAUAUAAACGAAAAAUUCGGCGAGAAAAUUACAAUAAAAACAGAAGUUGAAAACACUUCCUCAAGUUUGGCUUAUUCGUCACCGCACAAGUCGCCUUCUUAUAGCUUGCCUUGCGAAGAUCUCCAAAAACAAAAGCGAUGCUCAAAACUUGACGAAAUUUUAAAAGACCGUGUUCAUAAAGAUGGUUUUGUUCCGUUACAGUGUAAUCAUCAUGAUAUGUUAAAUAACAACACAUUUGAGUAUGUUUAUGCUGAUAAUUCUCUAAAUCAUUGUAAGCACUCCGAUUUAGUAAAAUCAACAGAGUCUCAUAUUGAUCUGCCCACAAAAAUGACUGCGCAAAUUCAACCUUUUCCUUCUUCUACUAGUUGUCUUCAAACAUUUCCUUCAAAAAUGACAGCCCAAGUCUCACCGUUCUCUUUGCAGAUGGGUGAUUAUUCUAAAAAUAAUAAAACUAGUUUUUUAACAAACAACUGCGAGAAAAAUACGUCUAGCUGGUUGGUUCAACAGUUGAAAAGAAACGGUAACCAAGGUAAUCAGGAGAAUUAUCAUGAGGAUAGGAAACCUUCAAUAAUAAUAAAAGAAGAACAAAAUGCGGACAUUCCGAAAAAUCUGUACGAACCUGCACAGAACAUUUUAUCCCAAAAGAACUCUAUUGAAAAUUGUUCAUCUGCAUUCGAAAGCCGAGAAUCUUCUUUAAAAAAUCGCGAAGAACCUUUAACUUCUGAAAGAUGCGACGUGUUCAAGCCAAAAAUAAUUAUUCCAAAUUGUUCUUCUAAUGAUUUCGUUGAGACAGCUUCAAAUAGAAAUAAAAAAUAUGAGGAAUCUACAGAUUUUUAUCGUACUCAAAAUCAUCCUCAAAAUCAGUUUGAAUUUAAACUUCAACAAGAUAUGUUUAUAGAGCACCAUCGUAGCAAAACUUCUCCAUUUGCAACGCCAAAAUACGAAUCUUUAAGUCGAUCAAAUUCUGAAAGUGUGAAGUCAUCGAUAACUUUAAUGUCUCAACACGGAACAUCAGUCGAUACUCGUCAAUCGUCAAUGUCGUUAUCUCCUAACGAAAUUCGUAAUAACAGUUAUUAUCGCGAUGCACAAAAAACGCUCAUGUUGAGUCCAAAAAUACAUAACCAUAAUAAAGGAGAUAACCAAAACAAAGGAGUGUCUCAAUUGCUUUGCUCACCUAUUAAUAGCUCCCCACUGCAUUUUGAAGGUAGCAGUUUAAUGAAUCAGAGAUAUCAUGAAGCAUUACUUGAACAAAGGCUAGCUAUGUACGAUAAAGAAAUAGCAAAGCUUAAGCACCAACAGCAGUUGCUAUUGGCACCGCAAAACACUUUAGUGCAAAAUAUGCUUGCUAAAAACCAUGCCAUUAUUGAAAUGGAGAAUCAAUUACAGUUGGCAGAAGCUGUACACUUAAAAGAGUUAAUGAAUCUUCGUAAAAACGUACAAGCGAUGAACCCGAUUGUUCCUCAAAACAUGCAUAUUGAAAACCUUAUGUUUUCUUCAAAUAGUCCUCUUAACAAUUUGUCUUCGGGAAGUCCUGCAAACUUGAGCAACCCGGUUAUAAUGAAAAAUCCAACAAUCCUAAAUAACCAAUUAAACUCUGGUUACCUUCGAAACAACCAUAUAUUUUUCAAUAACGAAUCCCAAAUGAACCAUAUUUCUCUAAAUGAAAUGCGUGCAAGAAAUGAAAUGCUUAAAUAUUUUAACUCGCAUCUCAAUGAAAGAGAAAUUACAGCGUUAACUUUAGCAGAAAUGAGGCAAAAAGAAUUAAACAAUCUGCAAGCGCGAUCAUCAAUUCACCCUGCGCUUUUGCAAGCUAAUAUGUCCGAAAAUCUUUUUCCAUCACCUCUAUCGCAUUGCCUAGGAGGUUUAGAUAACAAUGGAAAUCAGUUAUUUCAAAGAGAAAUUUCAAACUGCAGAUCAAAUAACGCUUUAUCUGCGUGGUUAGAAAAAAGCUCUCGGGAAAGUCGAGCGUCUGAAGAUAAUAAAAGUUUAAAGCGCUUUUCCCAGGAAGAUUUAAAUUCAGAUUUUACAAAAAAAAAACAUUCGCCAUACAGAAACGAUUUAUUUGAAAGUGAAGUAUUAAGAAGCGGAGAAAUUAGUUCAUCAACAAAUCACGAUUCCAAUCGAACAUAUUUAAAACAAGCCGAAGCAACAACAACUCCAUUGAGUAGAUCAUCUAACGUAGAGUCGUUUUCUUCCCCAAAGUCUUUUAAAAAGCAAGACAAACGUUAUUGUCAUUUAUGCAAAAAUGAAUCUCAAUUCAUUUGCUCUGCAUGUCGGGAAGCAUGGUAUUGCAGCCAAAAAUGUCAGCUUGCUGAUUGGAAAAAUCAUUCAAAAACAUGCAAAACGAACGGAGGGUGAUCCUGAAGUUUGUUUUUAAAUUUUAGUUUAUGUUUAUAUGUCUGUAAAUAAUUUAUUUUAUUUUUUCAAAGUGUGUGCUUUAAUAAAAAACUAUUUGAAAGUGAUGACGUCUAAAAUGUGCGCAUAUUAUGAGGUCUAAAAUGUGCACAUAAAACUUCCAUUCUGCUAAAAAUCUGUAAUCAACUAUAAAAAUAGAUUAUUAAUCAACUAUUGAUUAAAACCAA